AUGACUGAAACUGCUGUAUCAUCUCAUGUACCAAGAAGACUAUACCCUGGUAGACGGUUACAAGAUUCGUUUCAAUGGCCAUUCGAAAACUUGGAUUCUUUGGAAUCAUCCUUUAAUGUACAAGAAUAUCUACAGCAACUGAUCCGAUUAGAUUGCAGCGAUGUACAACGUAUCAUUGAACUGCCUGAAAAUGUAGAUGAUGAAGUGUGGCAAUAUGAGCAUUUACGUCAAGUGUGCUUGGAACUCAGUUUGUUGGUGGUUGCAUUGGAAACAGAGUGUACAAAGCAGCAUUGCCCAGAGAUGAAGGCAGACGGAUGGCUGUAUUUAUGUGCUGCACAUCCAUCAACUCAAUCAUGUCCUGCAAUCGACUACAUCAUACACACAUUAGAUGGUGCAACUAUCCUGUUGAAUAACUCAAAAUACUUUCCUAGCAGGCAAGUCAAGGGUUUUGAUUGCCCAUCUUACAUGUGGUAG